CAUUGUGUUGUGUAUGUGUAUCCUCUGUUUUAAUUAUCAUAUUCCCUCUCUUAAAACAUUGUUAAAAAUUCACAAAAUCCUCCAAAAUUGAAAAAAAAAAUAGAAAGCUUUUGUUCUUCUUUAAUUUACUCAUGAUAGAGGAUGCUUGGUCGUGAAGACUUUUUGAUUUUAUUUGGUGUUGCAAAUUCGGAGAUUAAUGCUAAUUACUUGUGAUUUCGGUGAUCUGUUCAGAGGAUUUUUGAGGUUAAUUGAAGUUAAAAGCAUGAUUUGUUGUUGAAGAGAGGUGUAGAGAGAUUUUGUGUUUGUUUUUACAAGAUGAAGAGGUCCAGAGACGAUGUUUACAUGAACUCUCAACUUAAACGGCCCAUGAUUUCUUCGAGAGGAGAAGCCUCUGGGCAACCCCAAGUGAUGGGAGGAGGAGCAGCAGGAGGAGGAGCUACACAGAAGCUAACAACAAACGAUGCUCUAGCAUAUCUCAAGGCUGUUAAGGACAUAUUUCAGGACAAAAGGGAAAAAUAUGAUGACUUCCUUGAAGUUAUGAAAGACUUCAAAGCUCAAAGAAUUGACACAGCAGGUGUCAUAGCAAGGGUAAAGGACCUAUUUAAAGGGCAUCGAGAAUUAAUUUUAGGAUUCAAUACCUUCUUGCCAAAGGGAUAUGAGAUCACCCUCCCACUUGAGGAUGAGCAACCUCCACAAAAGAAGCCAGUCGAAUUUGAAGAGGCUAUUAAUUUUGUAAACAAGAUUAAGACAAGAUUUCAAGGUGAUGAUCAUGUUUAUAAAUCAUUUUUAGACAUUUUGAACAUGUACAGAAAGGAAAACAAGUCGAUAACUGAAGUCUACCAGGAGGUUGCUUCACUUUUCCAAGACCAUCCUGAUCUGCUUGUUGAGUUUACUCAUUUUCUACCUGAUUCUUCAGCAUCAGCAUCAACUCAAUAUGUCCCUUCUGGAAGGACUUCUCUGCUUCGUGAUAGGAGCUCUGCAAUGCCCACAAUGCGGCAAAUGCAGGUUGACAAGAAAGAGAGGACUACAGCUUCACAUGCUGACCGUGACCUUAGUGUUGACCGACCUGAUCCAGACCAUGAUAGGAUGCUGAUGAAAUCUGACAAAGAUCAAAGGAGGCGUGGGGAAAAAGAAAGGGAGAGGAGAGAAGACAGAGAUAGAAGAGAGCGGGAGCGGGAUGAUAGAGACUUUGAGAAUGAUGGCAAUAGGGACUUCAACAUGCAACGCCUUGCCCAGAAACGGAAGGCUCGUAGGAUUGAAGACUCAACUGCUGAACAAUUGCAUCAAGGUGGGGAAGAUGAUGAAAACUUUGGAAUGCAUCCUGUUUCAUCCUCUUAUGAUGAUAAAAAUUCCAUGAAAAGUGUAUACAGCGAGGAGCUGGCAUUCUGUGAGAAAGUAAAGGAGAAGUUACGUAAUCCUGAGGAUUACCAGGAAUUUUUGAGGUGCCUUCAUCUCUACACCAAGGAAAUAAUAACUCGACCAGAAUUGCAAUCUUUGGUCGGUGAUUUGCUUGGAAAGUAUCCAGAUCUUAUAGAGGGGUUCCAUGGAUUUUUGGCUCGUUGCGAGAAAAAUGAGGGAUUUCUUGCUGAUGUUAUGAGUAAAAAAUCCUUGUGGAAUGAAGGAUAUUUACCCAGAUCUGUUAAGGUAGAGGACAGGGAUAGAGAUCGAGAUCGUGAAAGGGAUGAUGUGGUUAAAGAUAGGGACCGUGAAAAUAGGGAAAGAGACAGACUUGAUAAAAAUGUGGCCUUUGUAGUUAAAGAUGUCAUAGGUCAGAAGAUGUCUUUGUAUUCCAGCAAGGAUAAGUAUAUGGCAAAACCUAUUCAAGAACUUGACCUCUCAAACUGUGAGCGCUGCACUCCCAGUUAUCGACUUCUUCCAAAAAAUUAUCCAAUACCUUCUGCGAGCCAGAGAACAGAUCUUGGUGCUGAAGUACUGAAUGAUCAUUGGGUUUCUGUAACUUCAGGAAGUGAAGAUUACUCUUUCAAACACAUGCGCAAAAACCAGUAUGAAGAAAGCCUGUUUCGAUGCGAAGAUGACAGGUUUGAAUUGGACAUGUUGCUAGAAUCUGUGAAUGUAACUACCAAACGUGUAGAAGAAUUGUUGGAAAAGAUUAAUAAUAACACAAUCAAAACAGAUGGCCCUAUUCGUAUAGAAGAACACUUCACAGCUUUGAAUCUGAGGUGCAUUGAACGAUUGUAUGGUGACCAUGGACUUGAUGUGAUGGAUGUAUUACGAAAGAAUGCCUCUCUUGCUUUGCCAGUUAUAUUGACACGAUUGAAGCAAAAACAAGAAGAGUGGGCGAGGUGUCGUUCUGAUUUUAAUAAAGUUUGGGCUGAAAUCUAUGCCAAGAACUAUCAUAAAUCUCUUGAUCAUCGUAGCUUCUAUUUCAAGCAACAGGACUCAAAGAGCUUGGGUGCAAAAGCCUUGUUGGCAGAGAUAAAAGAAAUCAGUGAGAAGAAGCGUAAGGAAGAUGACACGCUCCUUGCAAUUGCUGCUGGAAAUAGGCGGUCUAUUGUUCCACAUUUGGAAUUUGAGUAUCCAGAUCCUGACAUUCAUGAAGAUUUAUAUCAGCUCAUUAAAUAUUCAUGCGGAGAAAUGUGUUCAAUUGAACAGUUGGACAAAGUAAUGAAGAUCUGGACAACCUUCUUGGAACCUAUACUUGGUGUUCCUCCUCGGCCUCAGGGUGCAGAGGACACUGAAGAUGUUGUAAAGGCCAAGAAUCAUUCUGUCAAAAGUCGUACUGCUUGUGUUGGUGAUAGUGAUGGCAGUCCUGAUGGUCCUGUUACUGUCACCAAUUCCAAACAUGUGAAUCCUUCCAGAAAUGGAGAUGAGAGUAUUCCACCCGAACAAUCAAGUUCUUCUAGGGCUUGGUUGCCUAAUGGGGAUCAUGGGGUCAAAGAAGAUGGUUCAGAAGCUGAUCAUAUUGCUCGUAAGAGUGACAAUUUCUGUGAUAGUUCUGAGCAAGAUAAAGUGCAGAACAAUGCAGCUAUGGCUGAUGAAACAUCUGGGAUCAGCAAACAAGCUAGUACCAAUGAUCGGUUGAUCAAUACAAAUGCAUCACUUGCUACUGGGGCAGAUCAAAGUAAUGGAAGGACUAACAUAGAGAAUACAUCAGGGCUUAGUACAACCCACUCUAGACCUGGUAAUCUCACUGUUGAGGGUGGACUUGAGUUAAGGUCAAGUAAUGAAAUUUUACCUUCAUCAGAGGCUGGGGAUUCUUCAAGGCAGAUGAUAACCACAAAUGGGGUGCUGACAGAAGGUGCAAAUACUCAGAGAUAUAAUGCUGAAUCUGCUAUGCAAUUUAAAAUUGAAAGAGAAGAGGGUGAAUUAUCUCCUAAUGGAGAUUUUGAGGAGGAUAAUUUUGCUGCUUAUGGAGAAGCUGGUCUGGAGGCUGCACCUAAAGCAAAGGAUGUUACUGUCAGCAGGCAAUAUCAAACCAGACACGGAGAAGAAGAAAUAUGUUGUGGGGAGGUUGGGGGUGAAAAUGAAGCUGAUGCUGAUGAUGAAGGCGAGGACAGUGCUCAGAGGUCUUCAGAGGACACUGAAAAUGCCUCUGAGAAUGGUGAUGUGUCUGGAAGUGAGUCUGGUGAUGCCGAGGAUUGUUCUCGGGAAGAGCACGAGGAAGAUGGAGACCAUGAUGAGCAUGAUAACAAGGCAGAAAGUGAAGGUGAAGCUGAAGGGAUGGCUGAUGCUCAUGAUGUUGAAGGAGAUGGGACAUUAUUACCAUAUUCAGAACGUUUUCUACUGACCGUGAAGCCUCUAGCAAAGCAUGUUGCCCCAUCUUUACGUGACAAAGAAAAGGACUCUAGGGUUUUCUAUGGAAACGAUUCCUUCUAUGUGCUAUUUAGGCUUCACCAAACAUUGUACGAGAGAAUACAAUCAGCAAAGAUUAAUUCAUCAUCAUCCGCAGAGAGGAAAUGGAGGACGUCUAAUGAUACUAGUCCUACUGAUCUUUAUGCCAGGUUCAUGAGUGCACUUUAUAGUUUACUGGAUGGUUCUUCUGACAAUACAAAAUUCGAGGAUGAUUGCCGAGCUAUUAUUGGUACUCAGUCUUAUGUUUUGUUCACAUUGGACAAGUUGCUAUAUAAACUUGUCAAACAUCUCCAAGCAGUAGCAACUGAUGAGAUGGAUAACAAGCUUCUUCAACUGUAUGCAUAUGAGAAAUCAAGAAAACCUGGAAGAUUUGUUGAUAUAGUUUAUCAUGAAAAUGCACGUGUACUUCUGCAUGAUGAGAACAUAUAUCGUAUUGAAUGUUCAUCCACACCAACCCAUCUCUCUAUUCAGCUUAUGGACAAUGGACAUGAUAAGCCUGAAGUGACAGCUGUUUCCAUGGAUCCCAAUUUUGCAGCAUACCUUCACAAUGACUUCCUAUCAAUUCCUGAGAAAAAAGAGAAGUCUGGGAUAUUCUUGAAGAGGAAUAAACGCAAACUUGCAGGUGAUGAUGAAUUUUCUGCUACAUGCCAGGCCAUGGAAGGACUUCAAAUUGCUAACGGUUUGGAGUGCAAGAUAACUUGCAAUUCAUCCAAGGUCUCAUAUGUUUUGGAUACCGAAGAUUUCUUGUUUCGAACAAGAAGGAAAAGUAGAAGUUUCCCUCAGAACAGCCCAUGCCACAACCAGGCAAAGGCUUCAAAUGGUUAUCCAAUUAGAAGACUACAACGGUUUCAAAGAUGGCUUUCUGGAUCGUAAUAUGCUUUGUUGUGACCCUGUAGUAGAUAUGAUAUUCUUGUACUUCAAAUGUCUUGACCACACAUUAUAUACACUGGUGCUGGAAUUGGAAAGGUCAACAGCGCCGCGAGUGGAAAAGCUUUUGCAGGAUUCAUCUUUCAUGUACUCUGAUAUUUCUGUCUCACCAACUCAAUAAAGAAUCUGAGGAAGGGGGAUAUGGCUCGGAGGAUUGUAGUAUAAUGCAAGUUUGUGGCAUUUUGAGCCAUCAUCAUGUAUAUAGAGAGGUAAUAUGUGAUGUAAAACCUGAGAUAUAUGUCCAUUCCAUUCAUCUAUAUUUUUUAUUUCUCUUCUAAUGUUUCUC